AAAGAGACAUAAAUAAUACCAAGAGUGUUAAAGAUGAUAUUCUUAGACCGUUGACUGAUGUUGAAAUUAGAGGUAACAUGCUUGAUGCUUUCUUGGGUGGAACUGAUACCGUAUUUAAACAAAAAAUGGUUGCCGAAAUCGAUUCGAUGUUUCCUCCAAAUAUUCCUUUUAAUAUGAAAUACAACGACCUCUUAAAGUUAGAAUAUUGUGAUGCGGUAAUUAACGAAGUUAGUCGGGUUAAACCUGUUGCAAAUGAAUUCCCAAGAUACGUUGAAACCCCUUGUGAAGUAGCUGGAUACCAAUGGAAUGAGAAAGUACUAUUCCAUAUAAACAUGAAUGGUAUUCAUUCACACAAAGAUCAUUGGCCAAAUCCAGAAAUUUUCGACCCUGAACGAUUUUAUAAAAAAGAUCCUAAAGCAAGGCAUAAAUUUUCUUUGGUUACAUUUGGUGCUGGAUUACGUAAUUGUCCAGGAAGAAAGUUAGCGACAUUAGAAUUACUUUCAUUAUUGGUAUUGGUUUUCAGAAAGUAUGAAAUUGAAUUAGUUGAUAUGAAUGCUCCAUUAAAGGUUAAAUCUGCAAUAAUUAAUUCAUGCGAUGAAUUGAAAGUUAGAAUUUGGCCUAGAAAUUAA